AAUUUAGGGGUGGGGCAAAGACCUAUAGGCUGGGGCAUUGAUUAUUGUACAGCCCCAAUCUUCGUGAUUACUUAGAUCUAGUUUGUAUAUGAAAUUCAUACAUGUAUCUGGUUGUCAUGGGUUGGGGUGAACUCUAUACCUUCCUUAUCCUCCAGUUGAUUCAGUCAUACACGGCACAACCGUUUUUCAAAUGCAGGUGCGAAGUUGUACCAGUGCAGUUGGCGAUGCUAAUACACAAGUCCUGGCAUGGCUACUGUUCUGUAUACAAGGAGCAGUGUCGGAGGCAGUGCAUAGUGUUUUACAUGUUUAAAGGUAAUUGCUCUAAACAUUUCAAUUGAUGGAGUUUACUGUGUUAACUGUGCUAAGGUAUAAGCCAUGAAGACAUCACAGGGAGGGUAGUUGUGUUCAGGUAAAUACAGGCUGAUAGAAAGAGCUGAGAGGGCAGGUACAUUCAGCACAAUGUAGAGGAGCUGCAUAAUCCACAGAGAGGCAGGCAGGGCUUCAUUCCCAUGUGAGUAGAUUAGUGUUACCUGCCUCCUCUCACUGCUCAGGUGUGUAACAUAGUGUGUAACAUAGUAACAGCCAGGGACUCGCUUGCAUCAUGGGCUUUACUGGAAACAAGUUCUUCUUUCUCCUGUGCUGCGUGGGAUUCAUGUCAGGGUUUAUCUACAGAAUUCUGCCGUUGGAUCAGUACCGUAUAGGUCCUCCCAAAAAAACCAGUGUUUCCGAUCAGAUGGACUCCAACCUUACAUCAGAGUUUGCAGACCUUCUCAAACUAAUAGACUGGCCUUCACCUUCAUCUUCCAUUACCAACUUCAGUCUUUCCACCAAUCCCAAGGAGUGCUGGUACGAGCUGAAGAGUCCACGUUCCAUUUACCAUGUGGGUGAAACAUUAGAGGUUCUUAUAAUGGCCAAAGAUCACUAUGGAAAUCUCAAGUCAUAUGGUGGGGACUUCUUCCAAGCCAAGGUCCAUUCCCCAAACCUUAAAGCAGGGGUCACAGGACAUGUAAAGUAUCUUAACAAUGGCACCUAUUUGGCAACAUUUUUUCUUCCAUGGGAAGGGGAGGCCCAAGUGAACAUCAGGCUGAUUCACUCAAGCGAGGCUGUGUCUGUACUAAAGGACAAAAGAGAGAGACAUCCAGAUAAGGUGUAUUUUAAUGGGUAUUUCCAUUUUAAUGGGAGCAUUGAGGAAAAAGAGUGUAACAUUGCAGUCCCAGGAGAUGACGUAUGUAACUACAGUGAUCCUGUGACUGGGGACCCCUGGCAGUGCUUAAAACCCCAGAAGAUGCCAUGCGACUCAUUGGUCUAUCACUCCAUGGGCGGGUACCGCACAGUCACCAACUCACUGGAAGAUUCUUUACUCAGUAGCUCUGUCACUACUCAGAAUAUUAAAGGGGCUUUUACGUCGAUCAAGAUAGAGCCAGCCACCAACUCUAAAGGUAAUAGACCAACUGUACAUAGAGCAACUAUAAGCAGUAGAACCUCUAUAAACGUAUGUAUUGGAUCCUUAAUUUCUUUCUCAUCUUCCACCCACCUUCCUUCAACUAACAGCAUUUCUUGUCACUCUCAGUCUUUCUUUCCACCCCUACUUAUAAUAUCCUUCCCCCAGUACCACCUAUCUUUUGUAGGUCUCACAUCUAGACUUCAAGUCUGUUCUCCUGGCCAGGAACCAAGUCAACCUUCUGGGUUUUAUUAUAAUGACAUCUGGACAUCGUUGGUCUGUCUGGGGAGACAUUUUCCCAGCCCAUCUGAUGCUCGUGACUGUCUUAAAGGGAAGGACAUACACAUGUUUGGUGAUUCAACACUACGCCAGUGGUUUGAGUAUCUGGAGGGAUUCAUACCAACUCUGAAAAGAAUUGAUCUGCAUGUAAAUUACCAGUCUGGCCCCUUGCUAGCUGUGGAUCCAGACGUUGGCCUGGUGAUGAGAUGGCGGGCCCAUGGAAACCCUUUGCGCACCACCAAGACUAUGAUCAAUAACCUGCACUAUGAGGCAGCCCACCUGUAUGGGAUUGGUGGUGGACCACAAACUGUCGUGGUCUUUACACUGUGGGCCCACUUCACCACAUACCCAGUCAGUGUAUAUAUACAGAGGUUGUUUAGGUUACGGAGGGCGAUUUCCUCUCUGCUUUUUCGGAGUCCUGAGACCACUGUGCUGAUUAAGUCGGCUAACACUGGCUACAAAUCGAUUUAUGGCAGCGACUGGCUCUCCCUUCAGCUGGACAUUUUACUCAGAGCUAUCUUCAAGGACAUGGCUGUAACUAUCCUGGAUGUUUGGGACAUGACCUCCUGCCAUUACCUUCCUGAUAAUAUCCACCCAGGAGCUCCAGUUAUCAGAAACGAAGUGGACCUCAUGUUGUCCUAUAUCUGCCCCAGAUAAGCUCAUAAAGAGAUUAACAUUCAGAGACAAGGACAAAACAGACAUUUAUUGGGCUCCCUAUAUUUAUAGUGGAUCCAACCUAUGACUGUUGAGUUGUUGUUCUGCUUCAGUACUGACAUUCAGUGUUAGUGUUGUCAUCCUGUUCCUCCAUCAGCAUCUCACCCUACCACACCACCAGUCUAACCAGAGCCAGAAGUAGGCAAUACUACUUUAUCUGGUGCCCUACCUGCCUGUGUGCAAUUCUCAACUGAGUUGCUCACUGACUCCAACCUCCUGGUGUUCAUUCUUCUCGCUGCUUCCUGA